CGCUCCAAAUCUACACACGAUCCGGAGCAGCUCGCCCCCAUCCUAAAUCACCAUGCGGACUGCUCUUCAUUCUAAUACCUCACAUACCAUCCCCGAGGAUGCGUACACCUCACUUUCGCACCACCUGGCCAAUGCCGCGUACCCGCCCUUCCCCGAGAACAACACGUCCAAUUUUGGCGCAUCUUCACCGCCCGAACAGCACGCCCUACCCUCACACAUAGACCAAAACGGCUUGCAUCUUGAUCCAAAUCUAUCAGCACAGUCUAGCCGACACCUGAAUGAGCCAGGUCCUUCGACCGCUGCACACCAUGACUCCCAUGACUUCACCGAACCCUCUACACCCUCCGAACCCAGAGCGAUAGCCGUACCGCCUCCUAUACCGCCUAACACCGCUCCUCCGGGACAAUUCGAUAUGCUUCCUCCUUUGCCAUCUACACACCCUACAUGGCAAGCGCUUCACACGUACGCGCAGACCCACGCCUCGGCUCAUGGCUACGCCCUCUCCAUCAACACCACCGCUAAGAAUCGAUCUCGCAUAAAGCUCGCUUGCGUGUGCUACGGCGCCCCGAAGAACACCCACAAGCUGACGCCUGAGACAAGAGUGAGGAAGAACAGGGUGAGCUACAAGACGGGCUGCAAGAUGUGGAUCGAGGGCAAGAAGGGCGAGGAUGGGCUGUGGGCCCUGCGUGUUGGCGAGGGUGCACAUAAUCAUGAGGGAAGAGUCACCCAAGGAUGGGCGGUGCAGCGGAAGCGGACGUGGGGUGUGCAAGGAGGCCGUGUCGGCACUGGCGGCGUGACAGCCCUGGAAGAGCAGGAGCGGCAGCGCAUGGGCAGCGUUGAUCAAGGCCAACCUAUUCAAGAUGAUGACGUUCCGCCUGACGAUACACUCUCAACACCGAACGGAAGCAGCAACCGCAAAGCAAGCCACAGCCUCGAAAGCGGCGGACUAGUCUGGAAGAUCGUCGAGCAGGAGAUGCUGCGCAAGAAUGUCGCGGGGCAAGGCCGCGACCGCGGCGUCGGCCGCACUGUACAGAUCCUCGAGGAGAAAUUACCAGGGAUCCACAUUUUCAAGCGCGACGUGUACAAUAUCCGGGCGCAGAUCAAGCGCGCGCGGAAGGCGGCGGGUCAGCAGCUGGGAGAGAACCUCACGCUCUCGGAUGACGAGGAGAACGAGCUGUCGGAGGCGGAAGGAUCGCCGCAUGCGCAUCCUAACAUCCAUCACAACUACGCAUCGGCAGCGCACGACCAUAAUGACCAGGUACGCGCCGGCUUCGCGCAGAUCGAUCCCAGCCUCAUUGCACAGUGCAAUUCCGCCCUGGAGGCCGUCCCACGGAGCGAGGACGAAGAGACCGAGCUCGAACGGUUGCGCAGAGAGGUUGGCGGACUGCGGCAUGCGCUCAUGCUGCGCACAAAAGAGGUCGAGGAGAAGAAUGCCGAGAUUGAAAAUUUGAGGGUGCAGGUCGAAAUUGGGAAUAUAAGAGAAUUGGCGGGACAGUUAGAGAGGGUGCGGCAGGCGUGAAUCCAAAGGCAUCUAUGUGGAGCUAACCACCUGUUAUGCCCUGAAGAUUGUAUCUGUACUUUUGAGCGUGGAGCACGGCUAUGUGCGAGAACGCUCGUGGGCAUGGAUUUGUUUAUGGGUAUUGUAUGUGUAUAAUGUGUGAUCUAAUCUAUCAAUCCGCUCGGGGGCCAAGAAGACUGUCAUCAGAGACUUGCUUUGGACCCGCAGAUUUUACGCUUCAUAAGACCAGCUACUUAAUAUCCCAAAUUCUCGCUAGACUCCAAGUCGAC